AUGUUUUUGGUUUUCCUUGGGAUAGUAUCUUCCUAUAUAUUCAAGUUUCUUUAAUUAUUAAUCGAUUGGGCACCCAAGAAAAUGAAAUCAAGACCAAGACAGAUCGAUCCAACAAAACCAGUCCUGAUCUCUAACAGUCUAGAAGCAUUCACUAAUGCAGAAGGACAAGAAGCAGACAUAAAAAACACGGAAUAAAUCAUAACACCUGAUCAACUCUUAAAAGAAAAGUAAAUUGCAUAUAAUCAAUCAAUUACUUAUAAGGAGCAAGUGGAACAUUUUCAACCCACUUUAUUGUGGUUUGUAACAACUUGCUUCUCGACCCCCGCCAUAUUUAUUUUUAUAUUAUACUCAUUAUUAUUUAGACCCAAAUAAUUUGAAGAGCCCACAUUAAAAUCACAACUUCCUGCUAAAUGCCGUGAGGAUUACAUCUCUUAUAAGGCACCUGUCUAUCCAGAUGGCACAGCUUAUGAAUUAACCGAAGAGGAUAUUCAUUUCCUCUCAACAAUUAAUGAAAAACUAAGCAACCCUGUACAUAUUGAAGAUUUUGAGUAAUAUUUAUCACUUCUUGACUAAAAGAGCGGGAAAGAUGUAGAAAUUGACUUUUUAGAAUUCCUCAAACUAAAACUUCCCUUACCAAAGACCAUUAAUAUAUAAAUGUAAUCUACUUAGGAAUAAUUAUAUGCCUACUUUAAAAAAUAGAGAUAGCAUUUUUCUCGCCCUUUAACUAGAUAUCUUAUGCAUCCCUAUUAUGAAGAUAAUAAUCCUCAUCUAGCCUUUCGUCCUCGUACAUAACCUAUGGAUAGAACAAUGAAAUUGAGAAGAGGCAAUCCUUAGAAUUCAAGAGGAGUUAUUGAAAUGGAAAAUUUAGGAUAGAAAAUUGUUAUGUUAAAAAAAGAUCUAUUGAUGGUUUCCAAUUUAAUUGAUCAAAGUCUUUAAAGAGAAAAAGCUAUGGAAAUUGAUAGGAGAUUUACUUUUUGUAAAUUCAUUAAAGAAUUCUUUGAUUAAUCUAAAAGGGAAAAAGAUAAUAAUUCAGAAAUUAAAUUAUGGCCCAAAGAUUGCUUUGUCAGGGAUUGCUCAGAAAAAUGCAAUAUCAAUAUUCUUGAAAAAUCGGAAGAGAUGUUUGAUUAUAUUACAAAAGAAAUAUUGUAGUGGAAGGAGCAGAAUGAAAUCUAAAGAAGGGAAAAAUUAAAAAAGGAAGAUUAAAUUGUUAGAUAUGAAAAACAAAUUGAAGAUUUGAUUAUAGAAAAACAAAAAUAUGAAGAAAAACCUAUUGUAUAACCUCCACCUGUUCCUUAACCACCUAUCAUUCCUCCAAUUAUACCUGUGAUUCCUUAAGAACCACCUGAUGAAAAAAUGGAAAGUGUUGCUAGGUUCUUGGCAACUUUGUAUUUAGAGGCUAGAAAAUAUUAAUUAACAUUUGAUUAGGUCCUUUCUGAUUCCUUUCCAAUUUACAAGAUAUAAAAUCAAUAGUAACCUGUCAAUUCCAAGAGCGUCUUCCCUUUUUCAUUGAUGCAAAUUGAAGGAAAUGACUUAGUCUAUAAAGUUAGAAAUGAUAGUUAUUUGGAGAAAAAGGAUAAGGCUUAUUGGGAAAAUUAUACUGAUCCAUCCCUAUCCAACACUUUAUAUUAUUAGAACGAAUAUUUUAAAGAAAAGGUCAAUGAUAUUAUGGAAAUGGCAGAUAUGGAUUAAAUGGUCUAUGCCUAAGGUUUGGAUGAUGAUAAGUAGGAUGAAGAUGAUAAAUUGUUCAAAAAGAAAGUCAAAGGAAGUACGACCAGACUAACUGGUUCAAAUGGAGGAUAAAUAAAAUGA